AAGAAAACAAACUCCAGAAGCCGGCGGGGCCGGGGCCAGCUGCAGCAGCCGGCAUUGGACACGGGGCUGGCGGGGCUCCAGCUCCGGCGCUAUAUAGGAACGGGGGAGGCGGCUGGGCUGCAGACCGAGCCCUGCUGCCCGCUCCAGCCGUCACUCACACCCUUCUCACGGCCGAGGAAACCACAGCCUGCCAAGAUGUGCAAGGGAUUAGCAGCGCUGCCCCACUCGUGCCUGGAGAGGGCCAAGGAGAUCAAGACGAAGCUGGGCACGCUGCUGCAGAAGCCUGACUCGACCAUUGACUUCAUCAUCCCGUAUCCUGAGAAGCCAGAGAAGCCACCCAAGGCCCAGAAGCCGUCUCCGGAGGAGGCUCUGCAGUGGCGCGAUUCCUUGGAGAAGCUCCUGCAAAACCCCUAUGGGCUGGCCAGCUUCCGCAGCUUCCUGCGCUCCGAGUUCAGCGAGGAGAACGCCGAGUUCUGGGUGGCCUGCGAGGACUACAAGAAAACCAAGUCCCCUGUGAAGAUGGCAGAGAAGGCCAAAAAGAUCUAUGAGGAGUUCAUCCAGACUGAGGCACCCAAAGAGGUCAACAUCGACCACUUCACCAAGGCUGUGACCAUGAAGAACCUGGUGGAGCCUUCCCCAACCAGCUUCGACAUGGCCCAGAAGAGGAUCUUUGCCCUGAUGGAGAAAGACUCCCUGCCCAGAUUUGUGCGGUCGGAGUUUUAUCACGAGUUAAUCAAGUAGCAGUGCAGCAGGGCUGUGCCAGGCGCCCCCGCUGCUUCUGUCUCAACACCUGCCCCUUCUCCUGCUUUGCUUUCUCCAUUCCUCCCUGGAAGAGCACCCAGGGGUGCUGCUAAACACCUCCCCUCAUGCUUUGGGCUGUCAGAUGUCCUGGUGUUUCCUCUUUUCCCAUCUUUUUUCCUCUCCUACAAAAGACCAAUUUGCAGAAGCUCCCUGGAGUUGAGACCCAGAAGGGUGAGGUGUGGCCAGGAGCCACAUGGCCAGCUGACACAUCCCUGGUGCUGUGGAGCUUGGCAUUAGCUGGAGGCUCUGAGGUGCUGCCUUUGCCUUCUUGGGACUCCCUAGAACGUGACAAUUCCUCUCCCAGUGCUGCCCACAUUGCUGGUUUGGCCCAGGCUCGCUCCCUCUCCCAGCUCCCCGGGGUGCUGCUGACACUGCUCAGGUACCCUGCAGGGGCUCCCCUCCCUGGCCAGGGUGAGGUGAGACACAUCCACUGCCUGGCUGGCAUCACCCUCCCCCUGAGAGCAGCUGCCAGGCCCAGGGGCAGCCGGCAGGGACGCGGCAGGGACAGCAGUGACACGUGCAGCGAGGAUGGCACUGUGACCAGGAUGGCAGGGACCGCUGUACGGCACAGCCAGGCACCCCUGGCUGGCAGCAGGGCUGGGCAGGGCGAGCCUGGCACCCCUUCCCCACAGCUCCACUCAGACUCAGCCUGUCUGCUUCACUCCACAUACAAAACAAGAGGAUAAAACGAGACCUGCUGGUCCAAAACACCAGGACUGUGCAGCACCCCAGACCUCCUGCUCACUGCAGCCUUUGCAUGGUGCCCUGAGCCCCCAGGGCACAUCCUGUGCCCCAGCCUGUGCACAGCCCUGCUGGGGUGCUGGGAUGGCAGCUCUGGGGCUGUGCAAGGCUCUCUUGUUUCAGCUGCUUCUCUCUCUGCCAAAGCAAAACUUCUGCACAAACCCAACACAGGGGUGUCCAGCACAGCAGGGAGGGAAAUGAAAGCUGAAAUUCCAGCUGUUCAGAUCCAGCCUGAAAAACCCAAACCAAACCCAAAAAACCAAAUGCAAACUCAAACCCAUCAUUGGAAACAUGAAAAAUAACCCCCUGGCUUCUAAAACAGAGAUGAGAUCCUGCUGGGUUUGUGUAGCCUGCACCUCUCUCUCUAUCUGCCCAGGCCAUGUCUCUAAAAGGUACCAGCUGCUUUCUAAUGGUUCAAAGCCAGCCCUCUGCUAACAGAAUAAACCACACCUGAGGACAGGGCAAGGCCAUACAUGACAAGCAGCCCCCAGGGUCUCAUUUCAGCUCUGAGGGAAAUGUGAUAAACCCCUGGAUGGUUCAUCCCGUGUUGGUUUCCUGCCUCAUCCCCAGGGUCAUGGCUUGCAAAGAGCUGCUUCAGCUUCAAGCUGACAGGUGCCAGCAAACAUCCCUGGCCCUGCUGCCCACAGACACCCCAGAGCAUCCCCUUCCCCGGGCUGCUCAGCCUCUCUGCAGGUCAUGGCACUCUGUGCAAAAUGCAAUAACAUAAACAGCACAUUUGCCAGCCUCUUCAAGACUGCAAAGUCUCAUCAAAACCCCACCAGCCCCAAAUAUUUACACAUUGUCACUAUGGCAAUGAAGAAAAAUCCAUCCCAAGCUGCAGGAAAUGGGCUGUGUUUUCCAGGGAGGAGCAGGGAGGCAGGGCAAGGAUGGAGGCAGUCACAAACGUGACUCUUUUUUUAAGCUCUGGAGCAAAAGGCCUGGGAAAGUCGGUGCUGGAGCAGCAGGGGUGAUGCUUGCAGGCAUUCCCCUGGGUGAGUGCAGAGGGUGACCCUGAAGAGCCCAGGGGAGCUGCAGGAGGGUCCCAUCAAAAGGGCACAGGAGCCCCUGUGGGUGCCCCAUCCAGGGGAGGCAGAAGCAGGGCUGGGUGUGGGAUGGGGGCUCGGCCAGCUCCUCUGCUGCAGGGUGCUCCCCACCUCUGCCUGCACACACUCCCUGCACCCUCCCAACCUCUCCAUAAAGUGGGUUCAGCAUGUUCAAGCUCCUCAUUUGCAGCGUGACUCAGAAAUGCAAAACCAAACAGGCUUCCCUGCAGAAACACCUGGACCUUCCAUUUCUACUUCAUCCCUUGGCAGCUGUUUCCAGGUUGCCCCACAUGUUUCACAGUUAAAUGCUGCCACCACCAAAGCCUUGAGGUGGGGAUGCUGCUGGAGGCUCCAUCAAGCCCUGGGACGUCCCUGCUGCAGCACUGGGGCAGGGAGAAGGUGUCUAGGUAUGUAUGUGCUGGAAAGAAAGGAGCAGGCUGGAUUCAGGAGAGAUGAAACAGCUCUGUUUGCAAUCCUUCCCUGGCCCAAUUUCUGCUGAAAUGCUGGAAGUCUACUUUGGGGGCUGCCAGUGACCUGCUGGGUGGCCAGAAAAUGGAGCUCUAGGGAAGUUGUGUUUGUGUAGAAGGGUCAUUGGGCUAAUUGCUCCAGCAGGCUUGCCCAGAAAGGUGGCCCAGCUUUCCACAGGCCCAGAGGCAUUUACUGUGGGGCUGAUGCCACCCGUCAUAUUCAACCAUCAUAGGAGAUACUUCAUGCAUUUUAUCACUCUAGCUCUCGUGAAACCUGGCAUAUAUAGCAGUAUAUAAACACAACAUGUACAUCUGUACUCCUGUAUUCAUAUAUACACACACAUACAUAUAUUUGUGACAUGGGCAUCUCCCUCCCCCGAGGGUCAGAGAGCCAAAAGGCAGAGUUUCUGGGUGUGCUGCUUGGCAGCAGCGUGUGGGGGUUCUGCAUGGUCCCAGAGCCUCUUGAGGGAAACCUUGCUGAGCAAACACAUCCUCCAGGAUCACCCUGAGUGCCACCCUGGCAGCAGGUGCUCCUGCAGGCAGCCCAGGCUGCAGCCAGGGCAUGGGGCACCAGGCACUGCCUCCAUGCCCCCUGGCACCACUCCCUGCCGUGGGCACACGAGGGAAAGGGCUCCCUGCAGCUGCACCCCUCAGAGCAGCACCAGCCCAUGGCUUGCUGUGUGUUUUUUUCAGCCAGCUGGAGCCUCAGCAAGCACAGGGUGAGCCUUGCCCUGCGUGCUGAGGCUGGGCACUGCCAAAGCCCGGGUGAGGGUGUCCCAGAGCCCAUCCUGGAGGAUGCUGCACGCUGUGGCCAAGGGCUGGAGCAAAGGCAGGAGGGCACAUCAGCUCCUCACAUUGUGAGCUGCAGGUUCUCAGGCUGGAGCUCUCCGUGGGAUUUCCACUGGAGAUAUUCACUGGGGCUGGGGAAGAUGUGAGGUGCUGGUGUGCACUGAGGAGUUGUGUUAACCCAUAUUCAUGUACCACUCAAUAACCCACAUGUAUUAAACAUGUAAUAAACAUGUAUUUCUGCUACUGUC